UCUAUACAGCAUAGAUCUAGUGGACCGUGAGCUGAGUAUAUUAUAUAGUUACUGAUUUAAAAUGUCUGUCAUACUUUCUAGGGAACAGAGGCCAUACUUUCCAAAUAGGACUCCUCCACACACCUACUGUGGAUACCUUUACCCAGGACACCAUUCGUACCAGCAAGCCCUCAAGCAGCACAUGUAUUACAAUGAUUUUAAGACAAGAACAGCUAUCUACACUAUUGAAAAGGUUAAAUGGCAAGAAAAGGAAUGCUCUGAUCGAGUGUCUGCGAGGAAUGAAUGUGAACCCAAAGAACAGGGAAGGAAUGGACACCCUGCUCAACACUCCGCCAAAUUUACAACGACUAAUCUUAAACCACUAUCACAUGAACCACAGAAAGCCACUGGCGCUACCACCAAAAUGCAAGAGAAGGAAACUAGGUGCUCCCCAGCUUCUGCACCGGCUACCACCAGAGGAAUAGGAACAGCCGUGGAGAAACUAGAGGACUAUGCUUUGAAGAGACAAGGCAGGACUAUUUACAAAGUACACAGCGGCCUUGUACCCAGUUAUUGUGGACAUGUCCCAGGUCAGAAGUUUGUGUAUGGAAGAACCUGGGGAGCGAGCACUGUUAACACUUUGGGAUUCGGGCAUCAGAGACCUUUCCAAUGGACAUAUCUCUUUUGACUCAGCCACUUGAGCAAGGACCAAACUUCGUUUUGUUUUAAAGGCAAUAUUUUUUGUUUAUAAGUGAUUGGAGGCUACUUGUAAUGAAGUUGAGAGUGUAUUUCUCACGCACUCUUUGCUGUGUCAGGCCUGCCACACAAGGAGUGGAAGAAGAUACAGAAGUUUGUUUAUGUAGAUUGUGUUGUUUUAAACAUUUAGAAUUAUUUGUCAUUGAAAUUCUGAGUGUGUGACCUACUCUCUCAGCGACACUAAAAGUGUAGUUGCUGAUAAAAGGUUACAAUGGGAAUGUGAUCAUUUUUAGAAUGCAAUUUAGUCACGUGUCUUGGUAACAGUCCCUUUUCAGUUCAGUUUUCAUCUGCUUUGAUUUGCCAGAAUUACAGGUGGGUUAUGAUUCCCCACAACCAAACAAAUGUUUCAAUCAACACUGAAAACUCAGGAAAAACAAUUAAACAUUGUGCAAAUAUUUAAGUGACUUCUAAACUUUUUUUUUGUUAAGUUCACAGUUUUUACAUUCUGGCUGGUUCAUUUACUCCAAUGGAUGGCAAGGUCACUGCAGCUGGAAAUAUGUUCAGCAAAGACUAUGACAUUUUGAAUUUUCAAAAAAAAGUCUUCAUAAUAAUAAUUUACUCUGAUAAAGCUGGUAAACAAGUGUUUCUUAGGAUAUGGAUAAAUAAAACACAAUUGGCAUUAACAUGGGAGGUGUUUUUUAUACAGUGUUGGUGCAUGCUGCUAGUAUUAAAAGUAAAAACAUCAGGCAAUAGAAAGGAAGCAUAUAAGGUAAUACAUUAGAAACAAGUACUGUGAGAAAUGAAUGAAUGCAUAUUUGCUGGGUGUGAGACUUGUGUUGCUUGUUUUACCCUGGCACAUCCCCUUGCUUACCUAACUUUCAAUGCUGCAUAUACAGGUCUAGGAAAGACACAAGGCUAGACCACUCCAGUAACGAAGUGUAGCAGAUGAGUAAACUAAACAUAUUCAGUAUAUAUCUCACUUUUUCAUUGGUUAUUCUGGGUUGCUUUCAAAUUACUUUUGCCGCACUCAGUUAAUACAUUGGUAUUGCGUAAUAGGUAAUUGUCUCCUCUUCAACUUCUGUACAUUUCAAUUC